CCAUACAGCAGGAUAUGAAAAUGAGAACCAUAGUGCUCCCAUGUUAUACAGCUGUGGGGCCCAAUACAGAAUACACACCCAUGGAGUUUUUAGAGGCAUACAAGAUGUCCGGCGGGUGCCAGGAGUAGCUCCAACUAUUGUCCGAUCAGCAAGUGAGACAAAUGAAAAACGUCCCUUCAUGUGUGCGUACCCUGGCUGUAACAAGCGAUACUUUAAGUUGUCCCAUUUACAGAUGCACAGCAGAAAGCACACUGGUGAAAAACCUUAUCAGUGUGAUUUUAAGGACUGUGAACGAAGAUUCUCUCGUUCAGACCAACUCAAACGGCACCAAAGACGACACACAGGUGUGAAGCCCUUUCAGUGUAAAACCUGCCAGAGAAAGUUCUCCAGAUCUGAUCAUCUGAAGACUCAUACCAGGACUCAUACAGGUGAAAAGCCUUUCAGUUGCCGGUGGCCCAGCUGUCAAAAAAAAUUUGCCAGGUCUGAUGAAUUAGUUCGUCAUCACAACAUGCACCAGAGGAACAUGACUAAACUGCAGUUGGCCCUUUAG